UUUCCCCACAGUGACGCCACUUCGUGUAAUUUACAGAGGUCCAUGCGCUGGACUAAGCCCGGGCAACUUGAUUUGGAAAGUUCAUUUAAUCAUUUCGCAGCAUUUCGUUGAAAUUAGUAGGAAUUUAGCGAUCACCAUGAUAUAUCUAUGUGAUGUCUGUCUCAAAUGUGAGUCAGUAAGUUUGGUGACUUUAGUUAGUUAUGAAAGAUACCUAGCACUCAAGUUGAUCAAGAACGACAAGAAAAACUUUUCUCAGACACAAUUAAGGACCUGCCGCGUAUGUUACAAGAAACUCAAAUUUUUUAAACGAAGCAUACUUUUCAAAGUGAAACUGAAGAUUGAAGUGGAUCGAAUAACUAGUUCAAAAAUGCAUUAUCCAAACUAUCCACCUGGAUAUGAUGAAGAAACAUUUUCAAACCAAUACUUUAACUUAAAACAACCAACGGACGAUGCUCAGUCGGGUGAAUACCUGUUGCCAGUCCAAAAUCAGAGUAAUUUAGAAGUUACACAACCGGAACAAUCUUGCACCGACGAUUAUAAUUGUCAAUGUGAUAGCUGUCAAAAUAAAUAUGGCGAUCUUCCGGUUCUGUUACAAGGUAUUGAACAGAAAACAUUUAACGAAAAAACUGGCCCUCAACCAUCAACCUCUAGUCAUUCAAGUUCUAAAAAAAUUUUAACCUGCGAAUAUUGCAAGAAAACAUUCACCCACAAAGGAGACUUUAACAAACAUCUCAGGAAACAUACCAAGGAGAAGCCAUUUUCCUGUCAAAUUUGCCAUAGGAAAUUUGGACAUACGUCCAAUUUACUCAGACACCAACGGCUUCACAGUGGAGAAAAACCUUUCGCUUGUGACAAUUGUGACAAGAGAUUUAGCAGGAAAGAUAAAUUGGAUUGUCAUAAACGAAGUAGGACCUGUUAUGAGGCUAGUACCUCUCAUAGCUAUCAAUAACAUUACAGUUAUAAAAUAUAUGAUAAAAAUUAUUGCUUUAGCACUUUUUGUUACCGUCUCAAUAUAUUGUUUUUUCUGUUGCAUUAGUACUUAACUAAAAGUAGAUUUAAAUCUUAAAAUAAACAUCAUGAGUUGAAAACUUUGCGAGGUUUUUAAUUUUAUUCUCGAAGAGACAAUUGUGAUAAUAAGAAUGGCGUUGAGACGUAUGUUUUAAAUUCAAAAUAUUCAAUUAUUUAUUUUGCAUUUAAGAAGACUGGUAUUUUUUUAAGAUAAAAUAUUCAAUGUGACAUAUUUUCCUUAUCGACCAUUUUCUCGCCCUAUUUUUUAUUUGUACUUAAAAUUGAUGCUCAAAAUAUAGAUCUACUAUUGAUUCCUAUAUAUAUUUUUUUAUCCUAUAUACAAACCUAUUUUAUGAUUUUUGUAUCAGCCUGUUUAAGCUGAUAUGUACAGUGUAUAUCUUAUGAAUUGAUUGUUAUUUAUUAUUAAUUUAUUUUAGAGAAUGCUGG